AUGGCUAUUCUUGAAACAUUAGUCCUUGUUUUCUUUUUGUUCUUCUUGGGUAGUACAUCAUCAACAGAAGAUGGUGGUAGUGGUGGCGGCGGCGAUCAAAAAUUGAAGUCUUGGAGUGGCGGUGGUGGGGCAUCGUAUCAAACGAUCGUUGUUGAUCAAUCGGGAAACUACACAAGCAUUCAGUCAGCCAUUGAUGCCGUUCCUUCUAAUAACAUGCAAUGGAUUUGUAUUCGCGUUAAGGCUGGCACUUACAAUGAACAAGUGAAAAUAAGGUAUGAUAAAACAAUGAUAUAUCUAAAAGGAGAUGGAAAAAGGAAAACGUACGUUGUUUGGGGCUCCAAUUCCUCAAUCGAAACCGAUGCAACCUUUACUUCUGAAGCUGAUGACGUGGUUGUCAAAAGCAUGACUUUCAUUAAUUCUUACAACUACCCGUUGUCAACCAACAAAAACCGCAUAAUGCCGGCUCUGGCUGCAAAGAUAUCCGGCGACAAAGUAGCCUUUUACCGUGUUGGUUUCAUGGGGGUUCAAGAUACGUUGUGGGAUGUUGCCGGUAGACAUUACUUUAAGCUGUGCUCCAUAAGGGGUGCAGUUGAUUUCAUCAUGGGUUCCGGUCAAUCUAUAUAUGAGAGGUGUACUGUAUCGGUGAUAGCAGGAUUUUUAAAUGGUCAACCCGGGUUCAUCACGGCCCAAUCAAGAAGCGGUGCUAGUGAACCUAACGGGUUUGUGUUCAAAGAUUGUAAUGUGAUCGGAAAUGGAACGGCGUAUUUGGGAAGACCGUGGCGUGGCUAUGCUCGGGUUCUGUUUUAUAAUUCCUCCCUAUCAAACAUUGUUGUGCCUGAAGGAUGGCAUUAUGGCACCUUUGUCACUAACACAAUGAACGAUUUGGUGUUUGCCGAGGAUGAAUGUCGUGGUGGAGGAUCGAAUACGUCGGGAAGAGUAGGGUGGGAAAGGAGGUUGAGCAAGGAAGAGAUAGGAAGGUUAACAAGCUUGUCGUACAUUGAUGAAGAAGGUUGGAUUAGAAAUCAAGCAUUUAAUAUGUUGUCUUAUUAA